AUGUCAGCUCAAAAGGACUCGUUUAAGCUCGAGGUAGCGAUCGCUGGUGGUGGCAUCGCUGGUCUCAUCACAGCAAUCGCACUCCUCAAACACCCCAAUGUCAACGUCCAAGUCUACGAGAGAGCACCAGAGUUUAAAGAAAUCGGCGCAAGUAUAGCUCUGGGUCCCAAUGGCCUCAGAACCCUCGACCGUCUUGGUGUCCAGAAUGCCUUGGCCGAAGGCUUUGCACAGCGUCAAAAGUCUGGAUAUCCCAUGAUAUACCGACACUGGAAGACUGGUGAAGUCAUCGAUCAUGAUGUUCACAAUACCGUGCAGAGCAAGAAACAUGCGACUGCGCGUUUUCAUCGCGCUCACCUUCAUCACGCGCUGCUAGAGAAUUUACCAGAGGGUAUUGUUCAUCUGGGGAAGACGACUGUUGAUGUUAAGGCAGAUCCUGAUGAGGGUGCUACGCUUUACUUUGAGGAUGGGACAACGGCGACGGCUGAUAUUGUCGUUGGUGCCGAUGGUCUUCGAUCAAAAGUCCGCAAGACGUUUGUACCAGAGCAUGAACUGCACUGGACAGGCUGGGUCGCUUUCCGCGCUGUCUUUGAUGCCGAUAGAUUAAAGGAUGUUGAGUAUCCCGAGGACGCAGCUCACUGGGCUGGCCAUGAGACAACGUUCUUCCAUUCGCACCUAGGCAAAGGCCUAUUUACUAUCGUCGGCGGCUACCAUGCUGAUCCGAAAGACCCUAAAUCGCCAGGCCAAGACGCGAAGUGGGAUGAAGAUGGCAGUGUCGAAGAGUUCAAGAGGUUAUACCAACACUGGAACUCAACCAUACGAGCCUUUAUAGACGCAACCCCCUACGUUAAACUUUUCCCAAAUUACGCCGGCGCAGCUCUCGAUACGUGGUCCUUCUCCGACCGUGUAGCUCUCGUUGGCGACGCAGCUCACACCCACGGCGGAUCCUUCGCAGCAGGGGGCUCACUCGCCAUAGACGAUGCAUAUGCCUUGUACCGUUCGCUCGAUCACAUUUGGCCUCCUUCGUCAGCGCAAACGGGAAAGCCGACCAAGGCUCAGCUUGCGCAAGUAUUUAAGCUAUAUGAAGCCACUCGCAAACCGCAUCUGGAUAAGCUCUUGGGCAUCGUCCAUAAGAACAUUUCGGGGCAGAAGUCUAAUAUCGACCGAGCAACGACGGAGACUGACGAGCAGUUGAUACGGCGGGUGAAGGAGAGGAUGAAUCCUUCGUGGAUUAGUGAGCAUGAUGUUGUUGCUGCGUUUGAACGGGCUGUUGAGAGGAUAGAAGGCCGGGAGAAGACGGUGGAGGAACCUCGCGCAAGGUUGUGA